AUGUACUAAUUAGUUUCAAACAGAACAUAACGUGUACAAAAUAGCUAGAAAGAUGAUUAAAACGUCAUUCAAAAAAUAAUAGCCUUCUGGUUGAUAAAUGUAACCGAUGCGCAUUAUUCGUAAAAGAUUCUGAAGCAAGCAAUUUCUUGUUCAUUUUAUGCAUGCAAUUAACAUACAAACGACACUGAGACACCGAAGCCGAUACUGAGGGAUCACCCUCACCGAGACUGAAGACCUGUAGGUCACCUUGACCACGAGGCCGACACCUUCACGCCGCCCGCGUCCGGACUCUAGCCGACAGCAGCGGCGCGGUCCCUGUGAGCCGCCGAAGGUGCGCCGCGAUGGCCACCGUCCCGCCGCCGACCACCCCGGCCGGACUGGACCCGUUCGUAGUCUGGGACGGCAACGGCACUGAGCCGCCGCCCGACUACCCCAGCGACGACCCCAACGAGAACAUCACCUGUAACCAGUACAUCAAGCACAACACCACGUUCAUCAUCUACGGAGGAUACGAGGGCGUGCCGCUGAACCUGGGAGCCAACGUCGUCCUCUGGCUGGCGCUGAUAUUUCUCUUCUCACUGUUACGGAAGAGCGCGUGGAACUACGGCCGACUGGCGCUGGUCCACAAGAACGAGCGCAGAUGGACCCAGCUGUUCUACGGUAACGAGGAGACGAUGGGCCGACUGCGCAUGCGCGAUCAGGAGUCGUUCCAGAACAUGGAGCACAGCAUUCUGGUGGACCGGGGCCUCUUCUCGUGGAUAGUCGCCAUCUUCAAAAUCGGCGAUGACGACAUACUGCGCAAGUGCGGCACGGACGCUGUGCAGUACCUGUCCUUCCAGCGGCACAUCAUGGUCUACCUGACCAUCGUCACCGUGGCCGCCAUCGGCAUCGUGCUACCCGUCAACUUUCAGGGAGAGCUCGAGGGAAAGGGCAAGGACUUCGGGCACACCACCAUCUCCAACCUGGACCCCAGCUCGUCGUGGCUGUGGCUGCACGUCAGUCUGUCGGUGCUGUUCCUGCCUCUCGGCGUCUACAUCAUGCGCCGGUUCUCCUCUCAGCUUCAUCUCAGCGGAGAGGACGGCUCGCCCGUCUCACGGACCAUCAUGAUCACGAACGUGCCGCGCGCCGCCUGUAACCGAAACAGCCUCCUCAAACACUUCCAGGAGGCGUACCCGUCGAUCGGCCUUCAGGACAUCCAGUUCUCGUACAACAUCAGCCGUCUGAUGGAGCUGGACCGGGAGCGGGACGCCAUGUUCCAGGCGAGGCUGUACGCCGACGAGUACCUGGCCAACACUGGCGAGAGGCUGGCCAUCCGGCCCUAUAUCUGUGGGAACAUCUGCUGCUGCUGCGCCCGCUGCGGCUGCGUCGAGGAGGUACCAAUGCGCCCGGAGAGAGCGGCCCGCUACCUCCCACACUCUCCCGAUCCUGGGGACGUGGGAGCGGCUCCUGGACCCGCUCCUGAUCCUCCGGACAGCAGGACUCCGCUCCUGAACGGACUCCGCCCUCCUGAGGAUCCUUCCUAUCCCGCCGUCCUACCCGGAUCCUUGGAGUCGGGGCUGGAGGUGGACGCCAUUCAGCACUACAGUCGCGAGGAGAGCCGACUAAGUCGCCAGGUGGAGAUCGAGAAGGCGGCCGCGCUCAACCAGCCGCUCGGCAUUGCCUUCAUCACGUUCAGGAGCAGAGAGAUGGCGGCCCGCGUGUUGAACGAGCACGCGCUGCUGAUGGGGUGCCGGUGCCGCCAGAACCCGCCCUCGUCCAGCCUCAGCUCGGUACUGAAACCGCACCGGUGGCAGGUGCAGGUGGCGCCGCCGCCCGAGGACAUUUACUGGCAGAACCUGAGCCACUCGUCGCUCUGGUGGUACGUGCGCUCCUUCUUCGUGAACCUGGUGCUGUUUCUGGUGCUGUUCUUCCUGACUACGCCCGUCAUCGUCGUCAACUCGAUCGACGUCGUGUCGCUCACCGACCGAGUCAAGGCCACGAGCCGGCUGGUGUCCGAGUUUCUGCCGACGCUGCUGCUCUGGACGAUCGCCGCUCUGAUGCCCGUACUGGUGGCCUUCACCGAUCGUUUCCUGUUCCACUGGACGCGGUCCUCGGAGAACUACUCCGUCAUGGUGAAGACGUUCAUCUUCCUGCUCUUCAUGGUGCUCAUCCUGCCGUCGCUAGGACUGACCAGCGCUCGUGCGUUCGUGGAGUGGGCGGUGCAGACCAAGGAUCAGACCUACCGCUGGAGUUGCAUCUUCCUGCCCGACAACGGUGCCUUCUUCGUCAACUACGUCAUCACAUCUGCCUUCAUCGGCACCGGCCUGGAGAUCAUCCGCUUCCCCGAGCUGUUCGUCUACGCCUUUCGCAUGUGCAUGGCCAGGUCUCAGGCGGAGAUAGCCAGUGUGCGGGCCGCCGUGCUCUGGGAGUUUCCGUUCGGAAUUCAGUACGCCUGGAUGCUGCUCAUUUUCGCCAUGACCACCGUCUACUCGCUGCUCUGUCCGCUCAUCACGCCGUUCGGCCUCAUCUACAUGGUCCUUAAGCACCUGGUCGACAAGCACAACAUCUACUUCGCCUACGGAGCGUCCCGCAUCAAGAAGCGCAUCCACGUCACAGCCAUCAACUUCGUCAUCUUGUCCAUCGUGCUGACGCAGCUGUGUCUGUGCUUCUUCGCUUACAUUCGGCGGGGUCUGCGGGACAUAGCCAUCUACUCGCUGGUGGGCCUGAGCGGCACACUGCUGCUGCUCAUGUCACACGUGCUGUUCCACUGGUUCCAGCUCUGCAGCCCGAUCCGAUACGAGACUAUCGACUCGUCUCAGCUGGAGGACGCGGCCGGCGGCGGAGCCAGCAGUGGUGACGAGUCUCCGCCGCAGCAGCCGUUUGUACCGAGCGUGCUGCAGCGGGCGCCCCAGGUCCGCGUCAGGGACACAGGUGACGUGUACUCGUACCCGACGGCGGCUGCGGAGACCGAGACGGUCCGGCGCCGCUCGUACGGCUCGAACCAGGAGCCGGCUUCCAACGGCAGCACCCCGCCCACCGGGGCCGGCGCGGGGGAUGAGGAACACCAGCUUUACCAGAACUAUAACCAGGAGGGCGCCGGUGAGCAGCUGCCUAUGGCAGAACGGUCGGCGGGAGGCGACCAGCAGGUGUGAUCAGCGCCGCGACGCCCCGGACUGGGCGCCCGACGCCCCCAGGGCGCCAGUGACUGAGGUCUCGGCGCUCUGAGCCCUGCUCUGAGGUGCCCCAGGCUUGGCUCCCCGGCCUGCGGCAUCACUAAAGGCGUCACUUUGUAAGCGGGUCCACGGUAUCACAAGACUGAGUGGCAAGUUGGACACGGAUCGGCAUCUCCAAGUUUGCCUGCCGUAGACGAGCGGAUGGGCUGCUGGACUGAUCUAUAUCACCGUGACUUCCUCUGUCAUGACCGUUAUCUAGCUUGGCUGGAUAGGACGAGAUAUGACAUCACACUACCUGACGUCAUAGUGGCGGAAUUGCGGUAGAGUGGCUCAUACACGUGUGCCUUCUGUAUGGGUGGAGACCUACACUGUGUUCGGGUGCGUAUUGAUUCCACCAAACCGCGGCAUCGCAGUCCGCUGAGGCCUGCAGUGUGUAACGAUCCCCGUCUGCGUCUUGUGUUCAUCUUUUACUUACUUUAAUCGGAGUUAAGACCAUACUUGGAUCGUAAGACUGUGUCAAUGCAAUUCUCUUCUCGUGUCACUUCGUUUGUACUUCAAACUCUAUUUUUUUUAAUGGAUAUUUUUCCCGUAUUCUGGAAAGCUAAACAAAUAGCGGGUCUUUUCGUUAAAUUUAAUGAUCCCAAAACUAAGCAGUUUACGUACGAAGUGCCUCAUACCGAUUCACUUAUUUUCUCAUUAUUCGUAAAAUAAUCCACAUCGUAACGCCUGUAUGAAGGUCAAUAUUGUAUGACAUAUUGCAUGUUAAAGCUCAUAUAUUAUUUAUUUGUGUUGAGUUGUACAGAGGCUACUCUAUGCGGCUUCAGAAGCUGCUUCUCCAUACUUCAAAUCGCGUCUUCAUGUGUGAUCGGGUUAUCCUAAUUACUUCUAAAUUGGCGUCUACUUAAAUACCGCGGGUUUACCUCAGACAACAGCUUCGGAAAGGUGCAUAUUGGGGUGAUGGAUUCGCUUUGGUGCUGAUAAAUGUGAUAUAGAUAGCAUUCAUAUAUUCGCGUGUAUCGUGCGUGGUGGGUCCCGCUGCUGGCGUAGGAUUUAGGUCCGUCUGAAUGUCUGCGUUAUCGUGUGUAUUAAUUCGCCAUGUAGAUGUGCCCAUAGAUUCUACCGGGUACCUCUGGUGGCUGCUGGUGCCUUGCGCGAUAUAAGACGGUCGUUCAUGACGCCUAGUACAGUGUUCCCAAUAGCGCGUAUGGUGGUCGGAGGGCAUCUAGUCAUCGGUCUCUGUCUCGUCUCUUCGCGGACAUCUGCGGUCUCUGGUUGAGUUGUAACGGUGUUCGUGCAACGAGCUGAGCAUAAAUCGGCCGAUUUUGUCACUGGGGCAGCAAUGUGGAUGAGAGCGUCCUCAGCAAACAGGCAUAAUAAACACAUUAAUUCCGUCACGGUGUGGUGCGACUCGCCUGCCGCUUCGUUCGACCCGCGACCGUAACGCGAGCUACCGGUGUCGGUGUGACGCUCUAUAACAGUGUCGCAGUCUUAAAUGGUCAGCUCGCUAGAUGGGGCUGGCGCAGUCAUUGUGGGUGUUCAGAAAUAUAUCAUCUCGUUCGA